GUGCUUGGAGGCUAGCUUGGUGAUCACUGAACUGAUCAGCGUUUUGGGACAAUUGGGUUCUCCUAACUCACUAAACUAGCAAAUUCUACCUUCUAUAUACAGUUAUUAAACGACGUGGCUAUUUACAUAAACAACUAAUAAAAUCCUUAUCGCCGUUUGAGUCAAUUUAAUCAAUAAUGUCUGGACCAUUACAGGAUAUUCUUGAGGAAGACGCCGCCGAUUUACGGUUUCCCAAAGAGUUUGAAAACGCAGAGACAUUGCUGAUAUCUGAAGUAGACAUGUUACUAGAGCACAGAAAGGCACAAAAUGAGUCUGCCGAGGAGGAACAAGAAUUCUCAGAAGUAUUUAUGAAGACGCUGACAUACACUAACAUGUUUAAGAAAUUCAAAAAUAAAGAAACUAUUACAGCAGUUCGGAACCUUCUACAAGUAAAAAAGCUACACAAAUUUGAAAUAGCAAGUUUAGCCAACUUGUGCCCGGAGACCCCUGAAGAAGCAAAAGCUUUAAUUCCUUCACUAGAAGGCCGGAUAGAGGAUGAAGAACUUAGAAUAUUGCUAGAUGACAUACAGACCAAACGCAGUUUACAGUAUUAGAAAAAUAAUCAUUUGUACACUUUUA